AUGGAAGAAGAAUUAUGGAAAGUAGAAUCACAAGAGCCAAAGAAAGAAAUAAGGAAUUCUGUUGUUGCCAACUUGACUGUUUCUUUAGACACUCUAUAUCUUUCUUUCUUUCUUUCUUUCUUUCUUUCUUUCUUUCUUUCUUUCUUUCUUUCUAACUCAGUCAUAUCUAUCUAUCCAUUUAUCUAUAUAUCUAUCUUAGUAUAUUCAUAUCUAUCUAUCUAUCUAUCUAUCUAUCUAUCUAUCUAUCUAUCUAUCUCAGGCUGUUCAUCAUCCUGGAAUAUCUAUCUAUCUAUCUAUCUAUCUAUCUAUCUAUCUAUCUAUCUGUCGCAUUAUAUUCAUACAUAUCUCAUUAUGUUCAUAUCUAUCUAUCUAUCUAUCUAUCUAUCUAUCUGUCAUUAUAUUCAUACAUAUCAUUAUUCAUAUCUAUCUAUCUAUUAUAUCUAUCUCAUUAUAUCUAUCAUUAUAUCUAUCUCAUUAUGUUCAUAUCUAUCUAUCUAUCUAUCUAUCUGUCAGCUCUGA